CCAGCCCCGGAGCUUAAAACUAGUCGACUAUCCUCCCCUAAUAUGCCAAGGACCAAUUCUGUUCCAGAGAUAACGCAGCACAGUAGAGCCGAUGAAUUUUCCGCAGCAGGGACAGCAGCAAGACGAUCUGUUAGGGAUGUUCUGGGCGAUUCGGCCGACACAUAAUGCAAUGUCAUCUCGUCCGAAUAACAAAAAAAACACCACCAACCCUCAGAGUCUCGCCCCGCCUGCAAAUCACGCAGGCUCAGAUCACUGCUUUGACUUGCUGGCCAAAGAAUUAAGUGUGGUACCGGACAGAGAGGUGCCGCCCACCAGCACAGAAGUCACCCAAGAUACCAAGAGCAACACACCAAUGGGUGCCAGUACCGCCGCCGGGUAGCGGAGCGGUCAGCUCGACAAAUGCCAUGAUUACGAGGACGAUUCGAGCAGCGAUAGCCGACAUUCGCCAGGGCUGAGGACUAAGAGUGACGAAUCGGGGCACGACGCAACGCUGCGGUAUUCGCCCUGCCCAGCAGCACAAGAGGCGUGCGUGCGUGAAUGCACGUUGGCACGUCAGGCUACUGGCGGCUGAAUUUUGUAGCAGGCAUGACUGGUAACGAAAUGAGGAUAUGAUGAAAAAAGAAGUGGACGACGCAAGUCCCAGAAACUCUUGGAGG